AUGGUCCUGCCCACUCUACAGCUGGAUAAACAGAGACAGCCUCACAGAGGAGAAAUACUGAAAAGCAGCGGGCAUAUCUCCAUGGCCUUUCCUUUGGGAAUUUUCCUCUUGUUACUCUUGAUGUUCUGUGUAAUUGGGUGUGUCUGGCAGUGGAGGCACCCCAACAGAAACCGAUUUGUCCUGCCAAAAGUUUUGCAAAGAAGAAGAAGCAAGAAAAAUCUCUAUGCUAAGAAAUUCUUCUUGAGUCCCCAAGAGAUUCUCCCACAGCCUAAGACCUCAGUUCAAACCCAAGAUCACAAGUCUACGACAGAGGUAGCUAACAUUCAUGGCAACUAUGAAAAUGUGGAAGCAUGUCCUGUCAAUGCUAAAGAAGAAGCCAGUAAGGAAAUAUAUGAAAAUACACGGCAGUCCAAUUUCGAGGAGCAUAUCUAUGGCAAUGAGCUGUCACCUAAGUAUUUUAACUUCCAGCAGCCUAGUACAUCUGACACCCCUCAAGAUGAAGAUAUAUAUAUUCUUCCAGAUGCAUACUAA